AUGGGAUGCAUUUGCAUGAAGCAGCAAAUUAAGGGCGAAGAUCCGGCUGUUCUCGCCUCUCAAACGAGAUUUAAUGUGACCGAGGUUGAAACUUUGUAUGAUCUAUUCAUGAAACUAAGCAGUUCAAUAGUUAAUGAUGCGGUCAUAAGCAAAGAAAAGUUUCAGCUUGGAUUAUUCAGGAAUAGCAAGAAUCAAAGUCUCUUUGCAGACAGGAUUUUCCAACUGUUCGACUCCAAACAUAAUGGGGUGAUAGAAUUUGGGGAGGUUGUUCGAUCACUGAGUGUCUUUCACCCAGAAGCACCUAAAGCCGAAAAAGUAGCUUUUUCAUUUCGAGUACAUGAUAUAUGGCAAACAGGCUUUAUCGAACGUGAAGAGGUCAAGAAAAUGCUUUUGGCGCUUCUGAAGGAGUCGGACAUGAUCCUUUCUGAUGAUACCAUUGAAGCCAUUAUUGAUAAGACAUUUAGGGAAGCAGAUUUAAAACAAGAUGGAAAAAUUGAUAUGGAAGAGUGGCAGGAGUUUGUGUCUCGCAAUCCAUCCAUAUUGAAGGAUAUGACUAUUCCAUAUCUGAAGUAA